UGGGCGCCGAGCCGGGCGCCGCAGCCGGCGCUCUGCGGGGCUGCAGCUCGAGUUAAUAAACAGUUAAGUUUGGAAGACUCAGCAGACACGUUGAGGGGGAGUUACCAAGCCCAGGCAGCAAAAACAUCCCGGCGCAUUCCUGGGGAGUCCUCAGCUGCCAGCAUCUGAUUAGAACCAUAUCUCGCCGGGAGUGGCCGCGCGGCUCCGAGGCUCCCCGGCCGGCGGCUAUUUAAGCGCGGCCCGCGGUGUCGCCUGCCGGCAGCCUGGAGGCUCGGCUCGGGGAGGUCAUCAUGCUCGCUUCGCAGUGGCGCUAGCUGGUUUGUGUCCGUGGUGGGUUAUGUCCAUUUGAGACGUCUCCGUUGGGGAUCGCCUGGCGUCUCUAAGUGUCAGCUGCUGCUGGACUCUGCUGUCUGCCUCUUGCCAUGUCUAACGAAGUAGAAACGAGUACAACUAAUGGUCAGCCAGACCAACAGGCUGCACCCAAAGCACCAUCGAAGAAGGAAAAGAAGAAAGGCUCUGAAAAGACCGAUGAGUAUCUUUUGGCCAGAUUCAAAGGUGAUGGUGUAAAAUACAAGGCCAAGCUAAUUGGCAUCGAUGAUGUGCCAGAUGCAAGAGGGGAUAAAAUGAGCCAAGAUUCUAUGAUGAAACUAAAGGGAAUGGCAGCGGCUGGCCGGUCUCAGGGACAGCACAAACAAAGGAUCUGGGUUAACAUUUCCCUUUCUGGGAUAAAAAUAAUUGAUGAGAAAACUGGGGUAAUAGAGCAUGAACAUCCAGUAAAUAAGAUUUCUUUCAUUGCUCGUGAUGUGACAGACAACCGGGCAUUUGGCUAUGUGUGUGGAGGAGAAGGCCAGCACCAGUUUUUUGCCAUAAAAACAGGGCAACAGGCCGAACCAUUAGUCAUUGAUCUUAAAGACCUUUUUCAAGUUAUCUAUAAUGUAAAAAAAAAAGAAGAAGAAAAGAAAAAGGUGGAAGAAGCCAACAAAGCAGUAGAGAAUGGGAGUGAGACCCUGCUGACUCUUGAUGACCAAGCUAACAAACUGAAAUUGGGUGUUGACCAGAUGGAUUUGUUUGGGGACAUGUCUACACCUCCUGACCUAAAUAGUCCAACAGAAAGCAAAGAUAUCCUGUUAGUGGAUCUAAACUCUGAAAUCGACACCAAUCAGAAUUCUUUAAGAGAAAAUCCAUUCUUAAAUGGCAUCACCUCCUGCUCUCUUCCGCGACCAAAGCCUCAGGCAUCUUUCUUACCUGAAAAUGCCUUUUCUGCCAAUCUCAACUUCUUUCCCACCCCUAAUCCUGACCCUUUCAGUGACGAUCCUUUUGCACAGCCAGAUCAAUCGACACCCUCUUCGUUUGAUUCUGUCAAAUCUCCAGAUCAGAAGAAAGAGAAGUUGAGUAGCUUGUCUACUCCACUGAGUAAUGGGCCCCUGAAUGGGGAUGUUGAUUACUUUGGUCAGCAGUUUGACCAGAUCUCUAACCGGACUGGCAAACAGGAAGCUCAGGCAGGCCCGUGGUCCUUUUCAAGUAUGCAAACACAGCCAGCAGUGAGAACUCAAAAUGGGGUAUCUGAAAGAGAGCAGAACGGCUUCCAUGUCAAACCCUCCCCGAACCCUUUUGUGGGAAGCCCUCCCAAAGGACUGCCUGUACCGAAUGGCGUAAAACAGGACUUGGAAAGCUCUGUCCAGUCCUCACCACAUGACUCCAUAGCCAUUAUCCCACCUCCACAAAGUACCAAACCAGGAAGAGGCAGAAGAACCGCUAAGUCUCCGGCAAAUGACUUGCUUGCAUCAGACAUCUUUGCUCCUCCCGUCUCAGAACCUCCAGGCCAGACAUCACCAACAGGACAAUCCGCAACCCUACAGACCAACCCUCUCGAUCUCUUCAAGACAAGUGCUUCUGCCCCAGCAGGACCCCUUACAGGUCUAGGUGGCAUGCCAGUUGCACCCCCUCAGGCAGGACCAUGGAGCCCAUCAUCUUUAGUCUUCACUCAGCCUACUUCCGUGGUCCCGGGAGCCGUGAUGGGUGGUCAAUCCUCAGGAUUCGGGCAGCCCAUCAUCUUUAACACAAACCCAGCUGUUCCAGGUUGGAACCAGCCUUCUGCUUCCCCUCCAGCCCCUGCUGUUUGGGGCCCAUCAGCAUCUGUGGCACCCAACACAUGGUCAUCAACAAGCCCUUUGGGGAAUCCUUUCCAGAGCAAUAUUUUUCCAGCUGCUGCGCAGCCUGCUUCCAUGCUCUCCUCUCUCCUGGCCACUCCUCCUCAACCACCUCCCAGAACUGGCCCUCCAAAGGACAUCUCCAGCGAUGCCUUCACUGCCUUGGACCCACUUGGGGAUAAAGAAGUAAAGGAAGUGAAGGAAAUGUUUAAGAACUUCCAACUGCGGCAGCCCCCUGCGGUGCCCGCAAGGAAGGGAGAGCAGACUUCCUCCGGGACUUCAAGUGCCUUCUCCCAUUAUUUCAACAGCAGAGUUGGCAUUCCUCAGGAGAAUGCGGACCAGGAUGACUUUGAUGCUAAUCAGCUGCUGAAAAAGAUCAGUGAACCACCAAAGCCAGCUCCCAGACAAGGUGCCAUGCCAGUUACCAAAUCUGCUGACAAUGCAUUUGAGAACCCUUUCUCUAAUGAUCCUUUCAGUUCAUCACAAGCCUCUAUGACUUCUUCUCAACCCACAUCUCCUGAUGUACAUAAGGAUCCUUUUGGAAAUCCUUUUGCCUAGCUUCUGAAUUUGGCAUGCUGACUUUCCAGAGGAACAAAAAGACUGGCUUUAGGAGUCAAGGACAAAGCUAAUAGCCAACAAGUCCCGACCUCUGCCCAUGCUCCAGCUUUGACAUAUUAUCUGUUGCCUUAUUUCUUGCUGCCUCUUGCACUUGUAAAAUGCCUUUCAUUUUCUAUUUAGGUUAAAGCUAAAUUGAAUCUAUGGCUUUAAAUAAAUUAAGAACCUAAACUCUCUAGCAUUUUUAAAUGUAAAUGAAGUAGUUUCCAUACUUGAACCCUUGCCUUUUGUAUCCCUAAAACCUUCUAGAACACUUUAUCAUGUACCCUCUGGUUAAGAGAUGCAGCCACCACAAACCCUUUGAUUAUACUGUUUUGAAUAAAUUUUAAAAUCUUUACUGUU